AUGGGGCUCCGGCUCGGCGUCUGGCUGCUGCUGUUGCUUGCCGCCCUCCUGCUCCACGAGGAGCGCAGCCGAGUGGCUGCGAAGGGUGAUUGUGGUGGCUCUGGCUGUGGAAAAUGUGACUGUCAUGGAGUAAAAGGACAAAAGGGGGAAAGAGGCUUCCCAGGCUUACAAGGUGUCAUUGGGUUUCCCGGAAUGCAAGGACCUGAAGGGCCGCAAGGACCACCAGGACAAAAGGGUGACGCUGGAGAACCUGGACUGCCAGGAACAAAAGGGACAAGAGGACCCCCAGGAGCAGCUGGUUACCCUGGAAACCCAGGACUUCCUGGUAUUCCUGGCCAAGAUGGGCCACCAGGUCCUCCAGGUAUCCCAGGAUGCAAUGGUACAAAGGGUGAAAGAGGGCCUCUUGGGCCUCCUGGUUCCCCUGGAUACAUUGGAAAUCCCGGACCUCCAGGGUUGCCAGGAAUGAAGGGGGAUCCAGGUGAAAUACUUGGCCAUGUGCCUGGUACACUGUUGAAAGGUGAAAGAGGAUUUCCUGGAUCUCCAGGAGUACCAGGUCCACCAGGAUUUCCAGGGUUACAAGGUCCUGUUGGCCCUCCAGGAUUUACCGGACCCCCAGGCCCCCCAGGCCCUCCUGGACCUCCAGGUGAAAAGGGGCAAAUGGGCUUAAGUUUUCAAGGACCAAAAGGUGACAAGGGUGAUCAAGGGGUCAGUGGGCCUCCAGGAGUACCAGGACAAGCUCAAGUUAAAGAAAAAGGAGACUUUGCUACUAAAGGAGAAAAGGGUCAAAAAGGUGAACCUGGAUUUCAGGGAAUGCCAGGGGUUGGAGAGAAAGGUGAACCUGGAAAACCUGGCCCCCGAGGAAAACCUGGAAAGGAUGGUGAAAAAGGAGAAAAAGGGAGUCCGGGUUUUCCUGGUGACCCAGGGUACUCUGGACUUCCUGGCCGAGAGGGUUUAAAGGGAGACAAAGGUGAAGCAGGUCCUCCAGGCCCACCUGGAAUAGUAAUAGGCACAGGACCACUGGGAGAAAAAGGAGAAAGGGGCUACCCAGGAGCUCCAGGGUUAAGAGGAGAGCCAGGCCCAAAAGGUUUCCCAGGAAUACAAGGUACACCAGGCCCUCCAGGCUUCCCUAUACCAGGACAGGCUGGUGCUCCUGGCUUCCCUGGUGAAAGAGGAGAAAAAGGUGACCAGGGAUUGCCAGGUGUGUCUUUACCUGGACCAAGCGGAAGGGAUGGACUUCAAGGCCCUCCCGGACCCCCUGGGCCCCCUGGACAGCCAGGCCACGCAGAUGGAAUUGUGGAAUGUCAGCCGGGACCACGAGGUGAUCAGGGUCCUCCUGGAAGUCCAGGGCAGCCCGGAUUGACUGGGGAAGUUGGAGAGAAAGGUCAAAAAGGAGAGAGUUGCAUUGAAUGUGAUACAGCCGGAAUCCGAGGGCCUCCAGGGCCACAAGGUCCCCCAGGAGAAAUAGGUUUCCCAGGACAGCCAGGAGCCAAAGGGGACAGAGGUUUACCUGGAAGGGAUGGUCUGGGAGGGCUGCCAGGGCCACAAGGCUCACCAGGGCUUAUGGGUCAGCCAGGAGCCAAAGGAGAACCUGGAGAGAUUUACUUUGACAUACGACUCAAAGGUGAAAAAGGAAACCCAGGCUUUCCAGGACAGCCUGGUAUGCCAGGGAGAGCAGGAACCCCUGGAAGAGAUGGCCAUCCUGGUCUUCCUGGACCCAAAGGAUCACCGGGCUCAGUAGGAUUAAAAGGAGAACGUGGCCCUCCUGGAGGAGUUGGAUUCCCUGGAAGUCGUGGUGACAUCGGCCCUCCUGGCCCAGCAGGGUUUGGUCCUAUUGGCCCAACUGGUGACAAAGGACAAACAGGUUUUCCUGGAAACCCCGGAUCACCAGGCCUCCCAGGUCCAAAGGGUGAAGCAGGAAAAACUGUUCCUUUACCUGGUCCCCCUGGAGCAGAAGGAUUUCCAGGGCCCCCAGGUUUACAAGGACCUCAAGGUGACAGAGGUUUUCCUGGAACUCCAGGAAGGCCAGGACUCCCAGGAGAGAAGGGCUCUGUUGGUCAACCAGGAAUUGGAUUUCCAGGGCCUCCAGGCCCCAAAGGUAUCCAGGGCUUGCCUGGAGAAGUGGGUGCUCCAGGGAAUCCAGGUCGCCCAGGGUUCAAUGGUUUACCUGGUAACCCAGGGGUGCCAGGUCAAAAGGGAGAGCCUGGAGUUGGUCUGCCAGGAUUGAAAGGAUUGCCAGGUCUUCCUGGCAUACCCGGCACACCUGGGGAAAAAGGGAGUGUUGGUGAACCAGGCAUUCCUGGAGAACAUGGUGCCAUCGGCCCUCCUGGGCUUCAAGGGAUCAGAGGUGACCCAGGAUCUCCUGGAUUACAAGGUCCCAGGGGGUCUCCGGGAGUUCCAGGAACCGGCCCCCCUGGAGUGAUGGGCCCCCCUGGAGGACAGGGACCACCAGGGUCAAUAGGCCCUCCUGGAAUAAAAGGAGAGAAGGGUUUCCCUGGAUUCCCAGGACUGGACAUGCCAGGCCCUAAAGGAGAUAAAGGGUCUCAAGGACUUCCUGGCUUAACUGGACAAUCAGGGCUCCCUGGCCUUCCUGGACAACAGGGGACUCCUGGACUUCCAGGGUUGCCAGGUUCCAAAGGAGAAAUGGGUGUCAUGGGGACCCCCGGGCAGCCAGGCUCUCCAGGACCAGUGGGCACUCCAGGAUUACCCGGUGCAAAAGGGGACCAGGGCUUCCCAGGCUCCUCAGGACUCAGGGGAGACCCUGGCUACAAAGGUGAUAAAGGGGAUGUUGGUCUCCCUGGAAAACCUGGGUCAAUGGAUAAAGUGGACAUGGGCAGCAUGAAGGGACAGAAGGGAGACCAAGGAGAAAAAGGACAAAUUGGACCAAGUGGUGAUAAAGGAUCCAGAGGAGAUCCUGGAACUCCGGGAAUGCCUGGAAAAGAUGGACAAGCAGGGCAUCCUGGGCAGCCAGGUCCUAAAGGUGACCCAGGUAUAAGUGGAACUCCAGGUGCUCCAGGACUUCCUGGACCAAAAGGAUCAGUUGGUGGAAUGGGCUUGCCAGGAACACCAGGAGAAAAAGGUGUGCCUGGACUUCCAGGCCAACAGGGUGUUCCCGGUUUACCUGGAGAAAAAGGUACAAAAGGAGAGAAAGGACUAGCAGGUCAACCUGGCAUUGGUAUUCCUGGCCGACCUGGUGAAAAGGGAGAUCAAGGUUUGGCAGGUUUUCCAGGAAGCCCUGGUGAGAAGGGAGAGAAAGGAAGCACUGGGAUUCCAGGCAUGCCUGGGUCUCCAGGCCCUAAAGGGUUACCAGGGAACAUAGGCUAUCCAGGAAGCCCUGGAUUGCCAGGGGAAAAAGGCGAGAAAGGACUCCCAGGAUUGGAUGGUGUCCCUGGAGUCAAAGGAGAAGCAGGUCUUCCCGGAAAGCCUGGCCCCACUGGCCCAGCCGGCCAGAAAGGGGAGCCAGGGAGUGAUGGAAUCCCAGGGUCUGCAGGAGAAAAAGGUGAACCAGGUCUACCAGGAAGAGGAUUCCCAGGGUUUCCCGGGGCCAAAGGAGAAAAAGGUUCAAAGGGUGACGUGGGUUUCCCAGGAUUAGCUGGGAGGCCAGGAAUUCCUGGACCCAAAGGAGAGCAAGGAUUCAUGGGUCCUCCUGGGCCACAAGGACAGCCAGGAAUACCUGGUGCUCCAGGACAACCUGUGGAGGGACCCAAAGGAGACCGAGGACCUCAGGGACAACCUGGCCUGCCAGGGCAUCCGGGACCCAUGGGGCCCCCAGGGCUUCCAGGGCUUGAUGGACUAAAAGGUGACAAAGGAAGUCCAGGCUGGCCAGGGUCUCCUGGUGUUCCAGGACCCAAGGGAGACCCAGGAUUACAGGGCAUGCCUGGUAUUGGUGGAUCUCCAGGAGUCACAGGUUCAAAGGGCGAUAUGGGACCUCCAGGUGUUCCAGGAUUUCAGGGUCAGAAAGGUCUCCCUGGCAUCCAGGGAAUUAAAGGAGAUCAAGGAGAUCAAGGUUUUCCUGGAUCUAAAGGUCUUCCAGGCCCCCCUGGUCCCCCAGGUCCUUACCAUGUCAUCAAAGGGGAGCCAGGGCUUCCUGGCCCUGAGGGUCCAGCAGGUCUGAAGGGAUUGCAGGGACCUCCAGGGCCUAAAGGACAGCAAGGUGUGACAGGAUUGGAGGGAUUGCCUGGACCUCCAGGUAUUCCAGGGUUUGAUGGUGCCCCUGGCCAGAAAGGAGAGACGGGGCCUUUUGGUCCUCCAGGUCCAAGAGGAUUUCCUGGUCCACCAGGCCCUGAUGGACCACCAGGAUCCAUGGGCCCCCCAGGCACCCCAUCUGUUGAUCAUGGCUUCCUUGUGACCAGGCACAGUCAAACAGUAGAUGACCCACAGUGUCCUCCUGGGACCAAAAUUCUUUACCAUGGGUACUCUUUGCUCUAUGUACAAGGCAAUGAACGGGCCCAUGGCCAGGACUUGGGUACGGCUGGAAGCUGCCUGCGCAAGUUUAGUACAAUGCCCUUCCUGUUCUGCAACAUCAACAAUGUGUGCAACUUUGCAUCCAGAAAUGACUAUUCCUACUGGCUGUCUACUCCUGAGGCCAUGCCAAUGUCUAUGGCCCCCAUCACCGGGGACAAUAUUAGACCAUUCAUUAGUAGAUGUGCUGUGUGUGAGGCGCCUGCCAUGGUGAUGGCUGUGCACAGCCAGACCAUCCAGAUUCCACAGUGCCCCAGUGGGUGGUCUUCCCUUUGGAUUGGCUAUUCUUUUGUCAUGCACACCAGCGCUGGUGCCGAAGGUUCUGGCCAAGCCCUCGCAUCACCCGGUUCCUGUCUGGAAGAAUUUAGAAGUGCACCAUUCAUUGAAUGCCAUGGCCGAGGAACUUGUAAUUACUAUGCAAACGCUUACAGCUUUUGGCUAGCCACUAUAGAGAGAAGCGAGAUGUUCAAGAAGCCUACUCCGUCAACCUUGAAGGCAGGGGAACUACGCACCCAUGUUAGCCGCUGCCAAGUUUGUAUGAGAAGAACAUAAUGAAGCCCAACUCUCAGCUAAUGUCACAAUAUGGUGCUAUUCCUUUUUUUUUUUUUUAACAGCAGUGAACCCCUAGAAAUAUAUCCUGUGUACCUCACUGUCCAAUAUGAAAACAGUAAAGUGCCUUAUAGGAAUUUGCAUAACUAACACACCCUGCUUUAUUGGCCCUCUACUUGCUGAAGGAGAAAAAAAGACAAUGAUAAGCUUUAAAAUAUUGACAUACCAAAUGGCACUUUUAAUGAAAUAAAACGUGAAGAUGCUCUAUCAUACAAUGCACUGAUGUGUAAAGUGAGAGCUCCAUCCGAAACCAAAGGGUGCUAGGAGGUAUGCAGUGCCUUAGAUACUGUUGACCCCCCAUUUGUCAUUCUUGUAUUAUAAUAGAUUAAUUUUUCACCCCCAGAUAUAAAUGUUGUUUAUAUCACUGUCUAGCUGUUUCAAAAUUCAGGUCCCUCAGUCUGUAUAUUGUUCCUGUACAAAUGAUAGUAAUGUAAAAACAGUUUUUGAACUUCCAAAUGGAAUUAGGGACUCAGUAGCCGUAUCUUGCAAGCCCCAAAUAUAAAUGUAUGUCUUUCUGCUCUGUGUGGUACUAUGCAGCUGCUUUUGCAGAAAUCAAAACUUUCCUGUGGAAUAAAGAUGGUCCAAAAGUAGUCAGAAAUUAAAUAUAUAUAUAUAUUAGUAAUUUAUAUAGAUGUCAGCAAUUAGGCAAAUCAAGUUUUAGCUUAACCUCCACUGUUAAAAUAAAGCUUACAUAGUUUUCUUCCUUUCAAAAUUGUGCUGUCCUUUUAACAGGUUUUUAUACACUAGGGUAUUGAAUGUGAAACAUCAGUUUUCAUUGUUCACUUCCAAAUCAAGCAUUGUGUAUUGCCAAAACCAAACCCAGGUUCAUGAAUAUGGUGUCUAUUAUAGUGAAACAUGUACUUUGAGCUUAUUGUUUUUCUUCUGUAUUAAAUACUUUCAGGGUUUGAAACAUUAAUCACAAACUGAAUGACUUGACUUAAAAUAACAACCACCUUAAAAGGCCUUCAUUUUAUUAGUAUUCCUCAUUCCGCAGCCUCAUUCUGGUGUGAAAAACAGCUCUGUUGAAUCAGAAUGUCAGUAUUUUUUGCAUGUAAGCACAUUCAGGCCACUUCCUUGGUUUCUCAUGAGCUGUGUUCACAGACUUCAGCAGGGGAAGGGAUGGAUUGCAAGAGGGCAGAAUUGGACCACUAUGCCUGAAAUGAUAUUUCACUUAAAGUAUCCAAAACGUUUGAAAGACUACUAAGGCCUUUUAUGUAAUUUGUUUCAAUGUGUAUUUCUUAAGAAUUCAAAUUUGUAAUAAAACUAUUUGUAU